AUGUACAUGUGCCAGGAGAAGAGUGUCACCCAGCAAGAUUUCUUGGAUUUGAAAUCGAAAGUCGACUGGUUGGAGAUCCACGGGGCAUCCGCAAUGACCCGCAAGACAAUGUGGCUGGUGGGAGAAGGCUGCAGGUGCCCGUACAACUACGGCAAGCAGCAUCAAGUCAACGCCAUGACUUUUCCCGAUUGGUUCCUGGUCAUGGCCAAGCGUUGGCUUGGCUGCCUCAACUUGAAUGGCGAGGACGAUCGGCUGAUUCAGGACAAGGAUGCGAUGUUUCCAGACUGUGUGAACUUGAACCUUUACGAGACCGGUGAGCAUCAGGUUGCGUGGCACUCUGAUGACGAGCCCCUGUUCCGGGGAAAGUUCCAGGACGCCAGGAUCAUCUCAGUCACCCUCGGCGCAAGCCGCAAGUUCCAGGUGGGGCUCAAGGCGCCCAGAAGAGGUGGAAUCUUGAAGCCCGAGAGGGGCAGCGUGGCGAAUUUCAACUUGGGCCAUGGCCAGAUCUGCACAAUGGAAGGACUCUUCCAGAAGCACUACCUGCACCAGAUCCAAAAGGGGACCACACGCCAGCCUCGCAUCAACGCCACUUUCAGGUACAUUGUGGAGCACGCGGAGGGCUGCCCGCUGAGGCGCCUGGCGCUGGAGUCGAAGCGGGAGCUCAAGCAUCAGCGGGCGCACGCUGUGGUUGAGCUGACACUGUCCCAGUGGGAGAAAGGGCAGAGGAAGGGUCUCAUGGCCACCGUUGUGAAGGACUGGCACAAGUAUGCCGAGGUGUCAGCUUCCAACGGCCGCAAAGUCCGUGGCGCCGGAACGCUGGAGGAGAAGCUCCUCCUCGCGACUCUGCGACUUUGCCUCCAUGGAUGGCGCGGCCACCUUGGCGUGCUACGGGCUAGAGCCAGCGCAAAGGAGCUCCAUGAGAGCAUGGAGAUGCAGAGGCUGAACUUGGUCUUCGUGCUCUGGCGCCUCUGCAACAUGGAAGAGAAAAAAGAACAGGCUUUUGGCCAGGUGGCCGAGAUAAGCGCCAUAGCCUACGAGCUCCAACAGGCGCAGACUUCCUUGCUGGAAGAGAAGAUCUUACUCGAAGGCAAAGUCGAAAAGGCCUUCGAGGCACUCCAGAAAGAGCUUCAGACGAAAGAGGAAUUGGCAGCCGAGCUACGGGAAGCAUACAGCAAACAGGCAAUGUGCAGAGUCUGCAUCUUAUCUACUCUUUGCUUAAGAACCCCCUCUCCCCCGCCCCCGAAUAUUAUUCCUUAG